GGUUUUGUUGAUGUGGUACGUUCCUUCCGUUCACCUGUUUUUCCGGUGCCGUUUGGUUGUGUAUGAGAAAUAUAGCAGCCCCUAAAUUCGUGUUUACAUUAACAGCACACACGUGAAGAUUUUAGCUUUUCCGACAUUAAUUGGCCUGGAUUAACGUCUCCAAAUGGAUAACAACAAAGAUAUUACGGAUGUCGUUCAAGACAAGAAACUGACCCCUCAAGAACUGGCUGCAAAAUUAGAUGCUGAACUUGAUGAAUUCAUAGGCGGUCUUGAAAGGAAAGCGUACACAGAAGGAUGGCCAGAAGACAGAUGGGAGGAGGAGAUGGAGAAACAUCCAUUCUUUAUGACCAAGGCACCUGAACCAGGAGAGGAGCUAUCUCCUCUAAUGGAAGGAAUUCAGCAGCUGAAAUACGACGAGAAUGAAAAUACCCCAGAAGAUCUUGCAAUAGCUUACAAAGAUGACGGAAAUUUUAACUUCAAGUGUAAAAAGUACCGCCGUGCAAUCAUAGCUUACACUGAGGGCUUAAAGAAAAAAUGCAAAGACGAUGAAAUAAAUGCUCAAUUGUACAAUAAUCGAUCAGCAUCCAACUUCUUCUUAGAAAAUUACAGAUCAAGUCUGAAUGACUGUUUAGCUGCUUUAAAGUUAAAAGAAGAUUAUCCAAAAGCCUUAAACAGAGCUGCAGAGUGUUUAUUCCAUUUGAACAAGUUUGAUGAAUGCAUCGAAUACUGUGAUAAAAUUAUUGCCAGAAACGCUGAUGACAAAGCUAUCACAGUUUUGCGAUCUAAAGCAACAACAGCCAAGAAAGUUGCUGAUCGUGAUAAAAGAAGACUGCAAGCAGCAGGAAAAAAGGAGGAAAUGCAAGGCUUAAAAUUGUUGGAAACUGUUCGCAACAGAAAUAUCAAGUUUAAAAGCAAAGACUCUGCAGCACUGAAACUGUCUGACUUAGAACCCCAGUUCCCCGAUGCUGUUCGAUCACGUGUGCAUAUUGAUGAAAAUGGCAAACUUGUCUGGCCUGUUAUAUUUAUGUAUCCAGAAUACAAGUUGACUGAUUUUAUUCAAGCAUUUCAUGAGGAUGAAAUCUUUGAAAACAUGCUUUGCGAGGUCUUUGCUGAGCAUCCUGAGUGGGACCAUGAGAAGAAAUAUGUCCCUGUGAAUCUAAGAAUAUACUUUGAAGAUGAAAAUGCGCGCAUGCAUAACAUUCCAACCACAUGGACUUUAGGAAAAGCUCUAACACACAGCAAGUACAUUCUUCAGGGCGGAACUCCAGGAUUCAUGAUUCUUGUUUCUGGCAGUGAUGCAGAAAAGUUAUAUAUUAAGAAGUAAUGUGUGCAUCCAUGUUGUUAAUUGUAAUGUAAAUAAAUAACUUUAUUUAAAAAAGA